AGGAAUUGGAUGGCUUCGGGUGAUCAGGCGGUUUGCGAGUUGAUUUAAAAUUACUGGCGACGAGGAAUGAGGGAGAGGUGUUCCAAAAUUUAUACACGAUCAACGCUCAGUGAAGAGGUUAUCCUGAAAGGAACAACGGACAAAAACAAGAGCUCUGUCAAAGCUCCCCGCCACUUAUUCAUUACCCUCUCGAUGUAACUAGACUUCAAUGCCGCUACGACGUGAGCAAGCGUGGGAAAUUCUAGGGGAGUCGCCGCACCGAUGGCCACCAGGGGCAGACGAAGGCAGCAGACAGCGAAGGGGAAUCAGACUACUUUGUCGUCAUUUUAUGGUGGCAAUAAAUCGAGGUCUCAACAAGUCGCGUCCAAUGAUUCUUUGGAUGGUGCCCAAAUUGCCGAAGAGUCGCCUUUACUUACUGGAGACCCGAAUGUAACGAGUGGGGAACGCGUUGGGGGAGAGCGUGUUGGCAGUGAGGACGAUGUCCCUUCGCCGCCGUCUGCACCACAUUCGGGACUCCCCUCCAUAGAGAAGAAGGUCCAUUUUCGUUCCGGAAGACGGCUCGUGUCUCUCUUGGACUUGCCUGUUCUUGAGCUACCUAGCAGCUGCCGGCGCGUCGGUGGUGCUGAGAAAAUCCAAAUUCUGAAGCCACAGCAGUCGAAGGUUGCAGGGCCUCUUGACCGUUUGUUUAGGGACACUGCCGGGUCGUCCAUCGAAGAGUCGGCGCCUGAUCCUCUUCCGGACAUUCGGCCUUCUACACCUGAAGUCCAGCCUCGUGGUUCACCAGCGCCGGCGCGUCAGGAGAGCUAUUCCCGAGAAGUCUCCAUCCUCGAAGUAGAUCCGCCCAAAUCCUCUCCAUUUGAGAGGCCAAUCACCAUUUCGGAUUCUCCUGCCCCAUCGAUAAGGCAAACAACGAGGACCACUCAUCCUUUCUUUCUGUCAAAGAAGUCAAAGUCUUUAGCUAACGAAGUGAUCCACACUGAGGAUGAUACCAUCGACCUCACGCAAUCCCCAGUCAAGUCUUUGUCGCACUCUGAACAGAAGCUCCCCCGUUUUAAGGCGCGCUUCGCACCGAGGGAAGCGCCUUGGCCUUCUCCAGGUAUGCAGCACAUACAGUCAUUAAGUAAAGACCCCCUGUCUGCAAUGACAUGCCCAUUCCCUCCAAGACAUAUCCAAAAGCAUGAAUCAGUCCCUUCUCCACCCUUCACUUUCCCCUCAUCCAAUCCUACCCCACCACCCAGUCCUCAAACAUCACUUCACUUGGAGCAUCGACCCCCUUCGAAUUCAAUACCGGAUGAACAUCUCAUGCACCCAGCUUUAUCCCGUUUGAGAGCUUGCCGUUCCGAAUCUUGGCAAUUCGCGCAUGCGAGUCAACAAUGGGUGGACAAGUAUAAACCGAAUCGUGCUAAUCAAGUCCUCGGCAAUGAACUCAAUGCUCAGUAUAUCAAAGAGUGGUUGCUAGCAUUGCGAGUUACGUUUCAAGGAGGGUCGUCUUCCCGGGGUAAACGACCGAGAACGACCAUCCGUCAAGCAGUCGACAAGGUCCAAGAGCGCGCAAAGAAAAGACGAAAGAAGCAUAGUGAUGCAUAUGGCGAUGAGGAUUGGAUUGUGGAUACGGACGGGGAAGAAGAUAUCCCUCAAAGUGAUGUAGACUCUUUCCGGGAAGAUUCAUAUUUAUCGUCCCCAGUCCGUUCUACCCCCGGUCCACGCGCAUCUCGACAACCACCGGAAUUAUCUCCCACGUUUGACUUCUCGACAAAUCUUUCUAGCGCGCUUCUCCUCACAGGCCCUCAUGGCUCUGGGAAGACGGCAGCUGUCUAUGCCUGUGCUCAGGAGCUGGGGUGGGAGGUUUUCGAGGUCAACCCCGGCACUGGCAAGCGGAGCGGUUCGCUACUUGCAAGCUUCGCCGAGGGAGUUGGAAAGAACCAUACCCUAAAAUCCUCAAAUACUCGUCAAACUGACUGUGCAUCUGAGGUCGAAACGAAGAAAGACGAUUGCGCUGAGUCCGACUGAUCUCGAAGCAAGUUCGGAUGGUGUCGACACCAUUAACAUCCUAGAUA